ACCUGUAUUUACGUGAAAAAGACAACAUCAAUUGGGCCUGGGCUGGAGGAUCUUUUGAACGAUAUAAAACCAUAGCCUACUGAUUGUGGACGGUGCAGAUCGCAAGAGGAACUCUUCCCAGAAUCUGUGUUUAUUGAUGAUGUAGUGAGAACACCCUUGACCCUUUAUGCAUAGAGGAAGCUGGGAUAUAAAAAUGAGGCUUCUACGCAGGUUUAGGAGAAGCAGUUUGUCAUGUCAGCUAGCAGUGAUAGGUGUGCUGGCUGUGGUUAUCGUUGUGCUGAAAUCACAUCUUCAGGCUGACACCGUUGAUGAGAAGAUCCUACUUCAUAAUCUCAGGAAGGAGUUACAUAGGAUGGAGGGGCAUGAUGUAGGAAAAGAUAAUUCAAGGACAGAGGUCCCCUUAUCAACCAAGUCAAUGUGUGGUAACAUUGAGCCUUGCCCAGUUGGUCAGUUUGCAUACAGGAUACAAACUGGUUUCCAGAAUAAACACAGACCUGAGAUGUGCCUUGAUGAUGACUAUGGGGUAUUUCCUCAAAUUGAAAUGGGAAGAGGACUCAAUAUAUUGCAUAUAGAUGAACAUACAAAGAAGGUCAAGAGGAAAAGAUCAUUUGACACAUAUUUACAUGGCAAUCAAAAAGUUUCUGAGCAACUGAGAAAUAGCGACGAUCUGAUAGCAUUCCUCGAUGGGGUUCCUCCUCGGGAUGUGAUCAUGGCUGUUGUAUUUGAUGACGCUACCAACCGGUUGGCACCAGAAGCUGUCAGGAUGUUUGAGGACCAUUUUGGGAGUCGACAGGCGCAUGUGCUUGGCUAUCGGUCAAUGUGGGCUUUCAUAGGACAGAAGUACGUCCAGCAUGAUGGGGAACAUGAAAAGUAUACAAUGAAGAAACCAAAUGAGGAAUGGGGAGCUCAAACAAAUGUCCAGGGAUGUUUCUCAAUACCAUUGACUCCAAAGAAAGAAUCAAGCAACAAUGAAGGGAUGCCAUACCAGAACCUUUGUAUGGUGCCACGAGUCUGUGAGAGUAACGAGGUCGCUGUUCAUGUUGAGUCGGGUCACCUGUCAAAGAAGGCUAAGAUAUACCCCAAGGUCUGCGUCGAUGGCAAGACGAUUCUUAGUGACCAUAAAAUUGAGAAAGUAAACCCAGCAAAGAGAGGGCUGAAUUUCCUUGUAGUAGACCCAGAGACUGCACAGGUUGUAAGCUCUGGUAGCUUUGAUACAUAUGAUUCAGCUCUCCACGACACAAAGUGUGCUGACUUUCUACGAUCAGUGGGUCCUGGUAUGAUGGUGAUAGGAACCACGUUUGAUGAGGCUUCCAGGCAACUUGGUUAUGACACCAAGCGUGAGCUGCAGAGGUUAGGUGCUAUGAAGAUCCAGGACCUUGGCUACAGGGAGAUGUGGGCGUUCGUUGGUCAGAAGGGAAUCAAAGGACUCACACCCUACGAGAAGGUCAGUGAAGACUUCAUCGACGGAUGGGGCGUCAAGGCGGAAGUCUGGCAGUGCAUCCCCAAAUUCAUCAAUGGGACAUCCAUGACCGAUACCAAGAUGGGUCUCAAGAAAAAGACUGAGUUCUGUCAGAAGUACCUUCCAAACUUCCGUGAGAUGUGUUCACCGGUCAACAUCCACCGUCCUGUCGUACCCCUUCAGCUUGAUGAUGAGAGCUUGGCUUCAAAUCCAGCUUACUCUACACCCAUCAUAGUGGUACCAGGAUCUGACCUGGAAGCACUUCAGUUGACCCUUGAAUCUUUGAUAGCAGUACCCGGCCUUCAGAAUCACCUUGUGGUUGUCAUCUUGGAAGGAAACUUUGCUCAACCUAAUGAACUAGUUGGAGUUUAUGGCUUCAGAGUUCACUAUAUCAAGGCCAAAUCUCAGUACAUAUACACCCUCCUUUCAGGCAUGGAGGAAGCCAUGGGGCUCUUUCCAAAGAAUGAAUACUUUAUCAUCAUAGAGGAGUAUGUAGAGGUUGCUCCUGACUUCCUGCGGUACUUCUCACAAACCAUGCAUCUAUUAGAAGAUGAGACGAUACUUUCUAUAUCAGCAUGGAAUGAACAUGGAUUCAAGCAUACGUCAGGAGACACAGGGUUACUCUACAGAAGUGAUGUUUUCCCAGGAUACGGAUGGGUGCUGAGGAGGACUGUUUGGAAGAAUGAAAUCAAGAAGAAUGAAAUGACCUGCUGUGUGGAUCAGACAUGGAGAGGCUGGUUGAGGGAUGAUAGUAGGAAGAAAAGAGAGUCCAUCGUACCCGACGUCUCAAGGGUCAAAAGGUCGAUCAAACCAGGCAUCUACGAAGACAGGCCUUUCCUAGAAGAGUAUCUCUCAAAUAGGACCAUGACAAGUGACCCUAGCACUGAACCAUCGAGGGCGUUCUACCUCAAGCAAGCAGAGUAUGAGAAUUAUAUCAAACAACUCAUCAAAGAAGGGAUACCUUUAGAUCGUAAUCUGUUGAUUGGAUGUGAGACCAUUGGCAAGACAUCAUUAAAUCUGUCAGAGUUUUCAAGAGGAGCGUAUACAUUAUUCUAUCGUCAAGACUCGGUGACAGAUUACAGGGUAUUGGUCAAGCUUUCUAAAUGCCUUGGAAUAUACAUCUACAAUGACAACACAGUAAGAGGAUUACACAACGGUGUACUCAGAUUGGUAUACCAAGGCCAGCAGUUGUUAUUGAUAGGAACCAAGUCACCCUACUACCAGUACAAACCAAUUAAUACUGUACCCUAUUAGUGACCACACCCACCACCACCACCCUCCUAUUCUUGAAGUUUAGCAUUCGCCAUUCUGCUCAAAGUGACUUCUCCUUCUUGCAGGCAUUGACACUACCAACUUUCAUGAAGGGGUAAACUUAAUUCGGUACCUUCAAAGGGGGGUAACAUGUGUACCCCUCUUUAGUGGAGGAGCAUCUUAACCAUCCUAUCUAGGGGUAACACCAUCACCUUUACCUUCAAAGGGGGUAACAUGUGUACCCCUCUUUAGUGGAGGAGCAUCUGAACCAUCCUAUCUAGGGGUAACACCAUCACCUUUAACUUCAAAGGGGGUAACAUGUGUACCCCUUGUUAACGAAGGAGCAUCUUUCACCCUCCUAAUUAGAACUACUAUUGUCACCUUCAUCUUUACUUUCAAAGGGGGUAACGUGUGUACCCCUUUUUAAUGGAGGAGCAUCUGUCACCCCCAUAAUUGGGGUUGAUAUCAUUACUUUAACAAGAGGUUGAUACCUCUACCAUGCAUCCUGAUGGCAUCCACACAGUCUCACUGGGCGUACCUUCAACUUCAUGUGGAAUAUCUCUUCUCCCUCCAAUGAAAUGGGGGUAAUAUCUUACUCUGGACUCAAGGAAGGGACAAGAUGGGUAUCACUCUCUAUUUCUAUUGAGCUGAAAUGGAUUAAGGUGCAGCUUCAAUCUCGAAAGGUCGAAAAGAGUUCUAAGAAGCCUGAAGAAUAUGAGGUACCUUGGUGAUACAUGACUUGUGAUAUUAGCAGGCAUCUGAGGAGAGUGAAGAAUAGGUGGAGAGGUGUUUUGGAAAUGAAGGCUUUCAGAAUUUAUUCUUAAAUAACACUUUAUUAUCUUCUAUAGAAUUCAGGGUAUUUGUGUCAUACGAUGUCUGUUUCGUGAAAUUUGAUGUACUAUUUAUCAUUCAAGUGCCAUAAUGUGGUGGUUAAGACUGAAACUCUUGAAAGAUUGUCAUGAAAAUUUUGUUAGUUACCACAAUAACUCGUCAAAGGGGGUUUUAUUUUGUAUCGUAAUUCUUCAGUUUCUAUUCAGGGUUGAAGAUUGUCUGACUAUAAAACGAUACAUCGUAAAAUGUUAGUGAUCUAAGUCCAAGGCCCUGCAACAUAGAGCGUGUUAUCGAUUGUACAAUUAAGUGUAACUUAAGUCUAUGGCAAACCAUGCCAAAAAUGUAAAAUAUCAUGAAGUCGUUCAUAAGUUACGAGCGAUUUUAUGAACGACUGGUGAUCCUUUCUUGUAGUGAUACACACCGCAUUUCCAUUGGCGUUGAUUUAAGUCCUAGGAAAGGAUCACCAGUCAUUCAUAAAGUUUCUCGUAACUUAAUAGCUUAAUGAAACACCCACCUGGUAAUAUAGAGAGGUUAUAAGCAAACAAGUGCUGUAAAUGGAUCAAGGAGAAAUUUAUUUAUUAUUCAAUCUAACUUUAAGCAUUACAAAUUUUGCUGUUAUAAAUUCAAUGUUUCUAACUCUGCCAAAGUACAUGAAAAUAUAGUGAAUGAACUUUAAAUUGCGAGGUGC